UCCUGCAGCGACCCCAGUCAAUGAAGAGCAGACUUAACUCAUCCUGGACAUAUUUUCACAAGGAAACACAAUGCCUUUGUGGUGCUUGCUGGUGCUUUUGGCUCUCCCAGACCCAACUGUGACCACCAACCCUGGAGUCAAGGUCCAAAUUACCCAGCAAGGCUUGGACUAUGGCCGACAAAUUGGAAUCGCGUAUCUGCAGGAGAAGCUGAAGUCUAUCAGCAUCCCUGAUAUCUCUGGAUCAGAGAAGGUUUCUCCCAUUGGCAAAGUCGAGUACAGACUCUCAGGUAUGAGAAUCACAGACUUGGGCCUGCCGCAGUCCUCUCUGGGCCUCGUCCCCGGCACUGGUAUCAGCCUGUCCAUUGGCAACGCCUUCAUCAAUCUGCACGGAGACUGGCAUGUCAAAUAUCUCAAAUUCAUAAAAGACAGUGGCUCCUUUGAUUUGGCCGUAAGUGGUCUGACCAUCAAGGCCACCAUCAGUGUGGGCAGAGACGAAACGGGACGACCCACCAUAAGCAGCAAUGGCUGCACGGCCAGCGUGGGUGGUGUCCGUGUCAAGUUUCAUGGAGGAGCCAGUUGGUUGUACAACCUUUUUACAAGCUUCAUUGAAAAACAGUUGCGCAGAUCUUUAGAGCAAAAGAUCUGCCCAUUGGUGCAUGAUGGCAUAUCUGAUCUAAACCCCCAGCUGAAAACUCUGAAUGUGCUAGCUAAAGUGGAUAAGUAUGCUGAAAUUGAGUACUCCAUGGUUACUCCUCCCUCCAUUUCAAACUUCCUCAUUGAGUUAAGCUUAAAGGGUGAGUUCUACAACAUCGGCCAACACCAGGAGCCUCCCUUCUCUGCGCCGCCUUUCUCCCUGCCCCCCCAGACGAGCAGCAUGCUGUACAUCGGCCUGUCCUCCUUCAUGGCCAAUUCAGCAGGCUUUGUCUACAACAGAGCCGGAGCUCUCAGCCUGUACAUCACCGACGACAUGGUCCCCUCAAGCUCUCCCAUACGGUUGAACACCAAAACAUUUGGAGUGUUCAUUCCAGAGAUCUCCAAACGCUUUCCUGACAUGAUGAUGAAGCUCCUGCUGAAGACAUCCACACAGCCCAACGUGACCUUUGAGCCCAAUAACGUGACUCUGCAGGCCACGGGAACUCUCACGGCCUACGCCAUCCUGCCCAACACCACGCUGGAGCCUCUCUUCAUCCUCAACAUGGAUGCCAGUGUCAGUGGCAAUUUCUAUAUAAGUGGACUGAAACUGGUUGGAUCUCUACAACUGAACGGAUUUGACAUGUCACUGGGAACUUCAUAUGUGGGAGAGUUUCAGGUGAAACCUCUCCACAACAUCUUCAUGUUGGUUAUGAAACUGGCUGUAAUACCAAAAGUUAACGAAUACCUUCAGCAGGGUUUUCCUCUUCCAGCCAUUGGUAGAAUGAACCUCAUCAACAGCAAGCUGCAAGUCCACAAGGACUACAUGCUGAUUGGAACAGACGUUCAUUUCACAAAGUGAUGUCCUCACACCCCAUGACUGGAGAUGUGUAUCUUUACUGAUUUUCUAACGGCUCACAACAGAAAGAUAAUUAUAUAACAAUGUAUAAAUGUUAAGUUUUCUCCAUUUGUCGUUUGUAAGAGAGUAUUGCAAGAGGAGAAUUUUAAAGUUUUUUUUUUUUUACUCUAUUCCAAUGAUUUAUUAAUCUUCUUUGAAUAUUGCGAUUCUCAUGUGUCCAUACUGCAUAUAAAUGCAUUUAUAUCUUUUCAAAAUGAAGAGAUAAAUAACAUUUCAUAUUUCCUUAUGCUCGGCUGCAACAAGUGUCAUGUUAGAUUUCCUCACAAGACACACAAUAUACAGUUUAUACGCAAUAGUUUUUUUAUUCUUAAUAAAAUAAAAUGUGUAGGUGGAGGUGUGGAGGCAGAACAAACAUAGUGCACAAAACUGUUUAUACUACCUGAGCGUAUUUACAAGUUUGCUCACCACAGUAUAGGUACAGACUUCAAGAGUAAACCAGGCCAACACAACAAAAACAACCGCAUCGAGUGCCAAACUAACUCACCUACAAAAGAAAAAUGAAACAAAAGACAAUCGCUCUCACUUUCUCCCUAUCCAAAUACACAAAUAAAUCGAACAAAUAAAAACCGUCAAUCACUCUUUACACCAUACACGAUACACGCGCAGCAUGUCAACACCAGGGACUAGGCUUCCUCGUAGUCAGGAACACGGGCAAAAUGGUCGCUAGACAGGAACGGCAAAUAUACAGAACAGGCGAUCAAAAAGCAGGGGGCAAAGCAAAAAGCGAUAAACCAGAAAACAGACCGGAGUCAUGCCCAAGCGAUUACAACAGGAUAAAGCACGAAGUACAAGCAGGGCAGCAAGUUGCAACCCGGAGGACCCGGGGACUUCGGCGUCGUCGAUCCCCUUCUACGUAUAACCCGGAAAUGACGACAUCCGUCAAGAGAGACCCAGGAGUGGAUAUCUGCGUUGGCCGGAGCCAAUGAAACACCAGAACGUUACAGACGCAAAUUACGCAAUCCGUAAUAAACGCAUAUCCUUGCGGUGCGAACCCCAAAAUCCUCACGGCGCGUAGCAGUUGAGGCAUACUCACAUAAAGGGGACAAAAAACAUAUUGUGGCGUGUAGUCGAGUCGUUUUUGUAAAGAACAUGACAGCUCUUUUAAAAUUAAAUACUCUAUUUAACAGUCAGUAUCGGUUUAAUUAUAGUAUUACCGGCAGCACAGACAAGGAAACCAUCAGUUUGCAUGACAUUCACGAUUACACGCUAAUGAAACACAAGGAUUAAACGGCAAACAUUACACAGUAAUGACAUUUAUAAUUAACAUAAAUACAAAUAAAUACAGGCCAUAUGGUGGUCAGUUAAGGUUAUACAAAACAACAAACAAUGAGCUUUUAUCCAAAAGAACACUUGUGUUUGGGUCUGAACAUUUAAAAUAUUGGCAUUACAGAGCUUACAUGUCAUGGACCGAGUCUGGAGUACCAUCACUGACACUCUGACAACCUCAUCAGUCCACUCAUAACCAAAUCUGACUGUAGUGCAAUUCAGACACUUUCAAAGUCCACCAUAAAAGCUCACACUGACAAAAGUUAUCCUACAUCCAACACUAGCCCAGAAGAUUAAGUGCGGGAGGAGUACCUGGGAUUAUUCUCUGUAUGUUUGCUACAAGCUCCAGGUUUGCUUCUGUCAUGGUAAAAGAAACACAAAUAAGCAUUCAUAUUAUACAAAAUUUAAAACUGUACUGCGAAAAUACACCUCAGUUUCUGUUUCAUUCAUCUGUCAUCGCACAGGGCACAAGGCAGGGGGCGCCCUGGAAAGAAGGCCAGUCCAUUGCCAGGCAUGCACGCAUCCAUAAACUAGGGGCAAUUUAGAAACAUCAAAUAGCCUAACUGCAUGUCUUGGACUGCAGGAGAAAACUAUCUGGAGGAGACCCAUGCAACCAAGGGACGUUUUAGAGAGUAACUCCUAAAAACAUGACAGCGAGUGACUUCAGCACUCACUACCACAGAGUACCAGGUACUUUAGGAAUUUUCCAUGUUCCUGCAUGAAUAUGACUUAUAAUCAGAUCUUCACACAAGUCCAAAAAGUAGUUGAGAGAACAAAAUUGAACAAAUGAGACUAUUUAAAAUGAUCCAAUGUCACAAAUCUGUCAGUGGCAAAAGUAUGUGUCAUUUGAAGGUGAGAUAAGAGUCAGGUGCUGUCAAUCAGUGUCGUGGUUGUCAAUCAAAUGUGAUGACAAUCAGAUGUUAAUGGGCACCCUGUUUAUAUUAAAACAGCUACAUUUGUGCAGCAUCAGUGUAUUAUGCCAUGGACCUCAAAAAAACAAUUGUUGAUGCUCAUUGUGCUGGGAAAGGCUACAAAAACAUCUCUAAAGAGUUUAGAGACAGAUUGUGUACAAGUGGAAGAGGUUUUGAUUAAAAUCCUCUGUCACAUUGGUUAACCCUUUGAACCCCAUCCAUUUUUGAGCGUUUUUCUAUCUCUUUGGUAUUAGGCUUAUUACAUGGUAUGUACCUGAGUUAGCCACAUAUCCUGUAUGUUUUUGUUUUCGUGACAUUCUGGACUACUCAGAUAUGAGUAUAAAAUAUUUGAUGUGUGAAUACUGACAGUCUUGAUGUCAUCCUGUUUAUGAGGAAAAACUACCUGCACCUAUUGAAAUUUCUCAAGUAUUAUGGACUGUAUUUGCUGAAAAUAAGAUUUUAUGGAAAAUAUUAACUUGCACUAAAACCCUUGUAUAGUUCACAUAAAUGAUGCAACGUUACAUCAUUUUAUUUUAUUCUGUGAAACAUGAAAAAUCGAUUUGCUGGGCUGGUUUAAUAAUAAAGUAUAAAUAUGUCACAGGUUGAAUAAAUAAAAUAAUGUGGCAUUCGAGUGGCGAGGAGAUCAUGAGGUGGACUGCAAAGUCUAGUUUUUAGCAGACUCUUUCAUUGCACGAUCCUUAAAAGGACAGUGGUAAAACAGUGAACAUGAACAAGGAAUAAACUCACUCACACAGAGACAGGGAGCCUUAAAUCCACAAAACGAAAUACAGGUUAAACCUUUACUUUACUUUCACUUCUGCCUACAUAACAUUUCUGUUCCAUUCUUUUUUGAAACUGGUGGAAAUGCAGGCUGGUUCUCCAAAGGCACCAAGCAAGAACCAGCCCAGCACCAGCACCAACUCUGUGUUGGUGGAAACGAGGUAAAAGUGACUGAAAUUGACUGUGAAUGUACAAUUUUUGGCAAAGUUGUGUUUUUGGUUUUUCUCCAAUGAUUUAUUUGUUUAAAUCUGUGUAUAUUAUUGAUUAAAUGUUGAUUCUGAUAAUACA